AUCCUUACUCACCACUCGUCUUCCUUGCUUCCGCGGCAUCGCAUGGCAGCUCACCAGCUAGACAAAGUCGCACCAGUACGCGUACAGCAGCCAACAAUGGCCACCGCAUCCUCGUCCUCCGCCAGCAUGCAGCAGUUCACCGUCGGCAAGCUCGACGCGGGCAUGGCCAUCCUCCUCGGCGCCCGCGCAUCCCUCAUCGAGUUCCCCUCGCUGCUACUCCCACAGGAUGUUCAGGCAGGAUCAGUAGUGGAGAUCAGCGUAAAGAGAAACGUCGACGAGGAGAAGCGCAACAGGAGAGACUUUGACGAUCUGCAGCGGGAGAUCCUCGACACCUUUGGAACAGUCUCUCCAGUCGCACCUGAGCUCAAGCUGAGAGCCACAACCCAGACCAGCGUCGUACUAGAGUGGUCGCAGCUCACCCUCGCCACGGCUCAACUCAUCAGUCUCGACAUCUACCGCAACGGCAGCAGGCUGGCGCCAAUUCCCAAUCCACUCAGCAAUACCAGUACAAAGCUGAGUGGACUCGAGGUAGGCGUAGAGUACAAUUUCCACCUCGUACUCAAGACGUCUGCGGGUACCCUCACCAGCAACUCCAUUCGCACCACAACACACGCCAUGACCAACACCAGCGGCAUCUCCGUAUGCUUUGGCGCAGUCGGAGGUGGGGGUCAAGGUAGCGGAGAGACGCUCGAAAAUGGAGAGGAGAUCUCUGCCCUCGAGAGCUUGACGAGGCAGCUCCUGGAGAAGAUGGGAGCCAAAUGCUCUACGCGCUUGCAGAUCGACACGACGCAUUAUGUCUGCACCUCACCUCGCGCCAGAGCCGGACCACAAGGUCCGAAUGGCGCAGUAAAUGCUGGAGGAGAAGGACCAGUGUACAGGAAGGCGCUGGCGCUGAACAUCCCCAUUGUGCGGCCAGAGUGGAUCGUGGCAUGUUACGAGAGCAAAAAGAUGAUGCCCAUUUCUGCCUUCUACCUUGACAAGGAGCCGCCUAAUGUCGCCUCCGUCAGCAGCCUCCUCCAAGCCCGCAAACAAGAGACAGCAGCCAGCUCCGCUCCCCCUCCACCACCCGCACCAAAAGAUGAAGCUUCAGCAGCGCCCGGCCCUGCUUCUGCUUCUACCACUUCCGCCACCCCGGCCACAGAAUCUACUGCCGCCAGUGUACCUCCUCUGCAGGACGCAACCAUCUCACCUGGAGAGGAACCGGGGAGCGCGGCAGUGACCUUUGGAGAAGUCGAGGAUCAGACGACUGGACCUGAUGGGGAGCCGAUCAAGAUGGAGGAUGCCGAGUCCGAUGGGACUACUGGCGAGGUGAAAGGGAGUGAUCAGCAGAAGGAAGCGGAGGAGAAGGAAGGCCAGCAGGCGACGGGUGGGGCAAGCGCCGCUGCUGCUCCUGAGACAGAAGGCGUGAGGAGCGCCACGACGGCUCCUUCUACUGGUAGUGAGAGUAUGGAAGACGUCAGUCUGAACUCGUUUGGUGGGGAUCAGUCUCCGGCGAGACGGACAGGAGCAGAUGACGAUGAUGAAGCGGGCGAAGAGGUAGACCUCUCGUGAGGAGUCCGGAGGGCAGGCGGCAGAGAAAGUCUGUAGAUGCAGGUGGAGAUGCAAUGAAAGAGCAUUGGUAUACGCUAACUUGCGAGAUUCAGCAUGGUCAUACAGUCGCCUUGUCUGUAGGGACCCUUCCGUCUCCU